UGGGAAGUUGAAAAUAAUUAACUGACAGUUGUUAUAUUUCUUUUAAGUUUUUGUGGUGUUUAGUCAGUCAUUAUAAUGGCUGCUGCUUCAUUUAAUUCAUCUGAUCGUGCAUCAUGGUACUGCGGAAAAUUGAGUCGCCAAGAUACACAAAAAAGAUUACAAGGAAAAACACACGGCACAUUCCUUGUAAGAGACAGUAAUACAUGCAUUGGUGACUAUGUCUUGUCUGUUAGUGAAAAUAGCAAAGUGAGCCACUACAUUAUAAACCAAGUGAACGGAAGGCUUAAAAUAGGCGAACAAGAUUUUGGAGAUCUACCAGAACUUUUAGAAUUUUACAAAGUUCAUUAUUUGGAUACGACUACGCUAAUACAACCAUCCAUAGCAGAACAAGAAGAGCAGCAGUCUGUCGUGGAUGGACCUUCGCAAAAUGGUGGAGUACAAAACUUACAGAAAGAGUUGAAUGAAAAUGUUGUUGCUUUAUUUGAUUUUAAAAGUGAUGAUGGCGAAGACCUACCAUUUGUCAAAGGGGAAGUAUUAGAAAUUAUUGGAAAACCAGAAGAAAACUGGUGGACUGCCAGGAACACAAAGGGACAGACAGGCCAAAUUCCAGUACCAUAUGUCAAACAAUUUGUUCCUAAUCCAAGUAACAGAAAAUCAAUGCCAGCAUAUCAACAACCUGGACUAGCUCAGCUAAACAGACAUUCAAUGCCUGAUGUAACAAAAACAGCAGUCUAUGCUCGAGCGAAAAUGAAGAGAGUGCCGAAUGCAUAUGACCCAUCUUCACUAGCUUUCGAAGUUGGGGACAUGAUACUGGUUACAAAGAUGAAUAAAAAUGGUCAGUGGGAAGGCAGGGUUGGAAAUCGUUCUGGGACGUUUCCUUUCACACACGUAGAUCUGAUUGAUAAUACCGGGAACUAAAAAAUAACAAGAAAAUUGGUGAAAAUAAAAACAACAAGAAACAUAUAACAACUGUUGUAGGCCGAGGCAAUGCUGCACCUCCCAGUUGUACGCUCAAUGCUAAAGUAGGCGUGUUGUCGGUCGGUGAUCCUGUGGACUAAACUGCUCUCCGUAUAGACAGCAUGGAGCAGGCCAAAAACACCUAAGAUGUAUCUGCCAAUAUCACGCCUCUAGCUUUUAUUUUUUAUUUAAAAAUAAUCAAAUGACUGAAUAUUGUUGAUUGGUUUAUGCAGAGUAAUCUUACUAUGAAAUAUCAAUUUAUUUCCAACUGAGGGCCAAGCAUGAAAUAUUGUUUCUUUGUUUAAAGAUGCUUUCGAAUCUUAGGUGGGGAUGUCCAUUUCUAAAUAUUCUAAUUAUUUUUAAAUUUUUAUUAUUUUGGACAAUCAAACUGAUUUAUUGUUGAUCCAAAUAUAACUACGUCUCCUUCAAUAAACCAGCGUGGAUAGAAAGUCGACAAAAUAUUUUUAGAAGUUUUUUUGAUACAUCAGAAUUCCAAUCAAUUCUUUACACUAAUUCUUGUCAUUUUCGAAGAUACUAUAUAUAGCUGGCAACGAGUCAAAAUAUUAACUCAAUGAAUUUAGUUGCUUGACUAUUCAUAUUAGAAUGCAGUAUUCUUUUACUGUCCGCUGUUCACUCUUGUGUAAAGAUCAUUAAGAGAAUCCUCUCAAACGCGAUUAUUUAACUUUUUUUUCUCAUGGACACAGUAAUUGGUGAUCAUUUUGUUUAAACAUACUUCAAGAAGCAAUUUAAUUUGGUACUUCUGGAGGCACUAUAGUACUAGAUAGUACCUGACCUGAGUAUAUUUGGAAUCUUGUCUCCUGUUCUGUUUUUUUUUCUUUGUUUAUGAGGAAAUAUUCAUAAACAAAUAAAGAAUUGGUUUGUGAAUGCUUUUCCCAAAUCAUUAUGUCAUACUAUUGCAAAUAAAUAUUUUUUUCACUAAACCUUCAAAAAUAGUCUUGACAAGUGAUCCAUCUACUAAUAUGCUAUAUAUACUUGAAAAAUGCAUUAAAUUAUUGCACUUCUUAAAUUUUCAUUAUCGUGUAUUCUGCACAACAAUGAUAUGGUCUAGUAGACAUAAUUUUGCCAGCUAUAUGAUCAACAUAUAUGUCCUCAGAUACUAAGUGUUAUUGAUUGAUAUUUUGUGGUCAACUCAUACGCGUAGUUUUGUAUAUAAAGCAUUCCUUUCCUGAAUCUAUUAUAGUAGGCAUUUGACAUUUCAAAAUGAAUUAUUUUGGUUUAUUUAAGGUUGAAAUGAACAUGGUUAAGUUAUUUGCAUGAGUUUCAUUCAUGGAAAAAUAUGAUGCCAAUUCGAACUAAUGCUUUUGAAAAUAUUUUUUUUCUUCUUCAAAUUGUAAUAUUGCGUUGAAUUUUUUCUAUAAAAUCUGCUUAUUCUGCGUUGAAUUUGACAUGGCAAAGUUUGACAUAAUUUAAUAUUUUUUUGACAUUGGUCAUUCAACUUUUACAAAAAUAAAAAUCAUAAAGAGUUGCGACUCGCGAGACAUAAUAUCCAAAUUACCAGAUUAUCGAGAUAUCGGCAUCCCAAAAUGGCGUACCUUGAUCUUCCAUCUUAAAAUUGUAAACUUCCUGCAAAUAUUCAAAAUCCUCACUUGAAAUAUUUAUAUCUUUGAUUCAAAUAUAUAUCAUAGCAAAAUUGAAAACCGAGCGAUCGUAUACAAGACAUUCCAUAAUACUCUUGAAUUUGCUCAAUGAAAAGCUUGUCACAUCGAUUGCUUACAUAUCAAAAAUAUUCGAAGAAUGUAAUCUCGCUAUGAAAUGUUAAGUCAACACACAAGAGUUAGGUUUGGUUGAAAUUUAUUGGCUGGUCUGUAAACUACUCCAUGUCAACUAUGUACAUACAGUGAAUUAUUUGUCGUUUAGACAAAGUGAACAACUGUGUUUGUUAAAAAGAGAUGUGUUUCUUAUACGGACAUGUAGAAAGUAAGAUCACUGACUGUGUUCUGCUUAAAGAAAUAUAUAUUUGUUUUAUAGUAUCUUUUAUAAAUUGAAAUUUAUUUUCUGAUCAUGUUACAACUCCAAAAAUACUCACUACAUUAAAAAUGAAUUGACAUUACGCAAUUUUUUUAUUCAACUAUUGAGACCUAUUAUUAUACCUUUAGUUAUUUUUCAACUAAAUUAAAAUUCAAAUAAUACAAAAAUACUAAUUAUUUGAAGAGAUUUUAAUUUAUGUUUCUGAUCAGGUUUUUAUGAAUAUACGUAAGCUUGAAACACAUAACUUCAAAUUCCUUAAUAUUCACUCAGUUGUCUUAAAGAAUUACAUACUAUGGUUGUAAAGUUUGUUUUUGAAACUGAUUUGUUACAUACUUUAUCAAUCUCGUUAGUUGAUUUUUCCCAAAACCUAAUCGAUUGCGUGAAGUCCAUCAAAUUUAUUGUAUUUUGAUUGGCCACGCUUGAAUUGCUACUGGUUCCUUGUCUUUAUUUUGCACAGACAAUUAAUGGACAUCCCUACCCCAAGGCAGCAAAUUGUUUUUAUUUAUUAUAUGGUGAUAAUUACGGUAAAUACUAAUUUAAUUUCAUGAUUUUCUCCUAACUUCAUCUUUUUCUAUCAACAGUAUAUUUCAACUAUCAUGGAAUAAUCAAUUAAAAUUGAUAUUCAGAUCAAUUAAGAUUUAUUUUUUCGCCAAUGAAUUAAAUUACGUCCAUCUUUUUCUUGGUUUAGUUUUGUGUGGACCAAAUGUGAAUCAUGUGAAAUUCUAUUUUUGACUUGAUUUUUACAUACUUCAUACUUGGCCGACAAUAACCUAUGUUUCCAAGUGCGAAAUUAUGUUUACUUAAUUCUGAACUAAUCAUUAUCCUAUAUAUUUUGCAAUUUUAUUCUUAUUAUCGAUAACUUUUUGAUUCUUAUUUCAUACCAAUAAAUGUUAUUAUAUUACCUUGCACUAAUUCCUGUAGGUCUCAAAUGUUCCUUGUUAAUGUGAAAAUUGGAUUGAAUUAAUCAAAAAUUUUGGAACAUACAUACUGUAAACAGACAUGGAAUCAGGACUGGGGGACUCAUUUCAAAUCAUAAUAGCUGCGCUCCAGAGCCUAACUUUUUCACUUUGUACCAUGAAAUAUUAGCUGAAAUAAGGUUUUGUGAAAGUGGGUUUAAGCAACCAUGAUAUAAGUGUCACACAUUCUAAAAUUCAACUUGAAAAUAUAAGCUGAACGGGAUCAAUUUACUUGAACUGGAGCUACUUCACCUCCAUCUCUAAAUGCUCCAGCCCCAACAAAUCACCACAGCUCCGGCUCCCCAGCCCUGCAUGUAGGUUACAACAUAAACUUACCAGUUUCAUAAACCUGUAUUCAUGGAGAUAAAAAUAUUCAAUAUGUCUAUUUUGCUUACAUCCUGCCUCAUGGUUGUAUUUUUAUUAUAUUAUGAUCUAAUAUCAGUGCUUUUGCUAUAUUCAAUUUUGAAAUCUAUAUGUGGGUUAUACUUUGAUAACAGUAUGAGGUAAUGUCUAUCUCACCUUGACAAAAGAUUUUGAAAUCAUCAUUUUUCAUAUUGAAAUAGUGAUUUUCAGUUCGCUCAAUCUUUCUGAAACUGGGAAGAGAAGGGUUGAAUGGAUUUUAAGGCUGAUCAAUUUGUAUGCUUAUAUAAGAAACCAAUCUGAAUUAUGCCAGAAAAUCUGUUUUCAUUGUUUUUAGUAAAUUAAAUUCACUAGCGAAGUAAAAUGCAUCUGUUUGUAACAGCACAUUUAUUUGUUCAAUACUCACUAUUAUGAUUUGAUGUUACCAAAGUGCCUCUUAUGAAAUAAAUGUGUUGGACUUUGAACUUUCAAGGAAGUAGGAAGUGAAUUUCAUUCUGUGUUCAUUCACAAAAUCAUUUCUGUAAGAAGUUUCUGCACAUACACAUGUGGACUAAAGGUUGUGCAUUCGAAGCUUAUCUUUGUCUUCGUGUGAAUACUUGUAAAUAAUGAUAAUAUUAAAUAUUUUCUUUCCUUUUAAUCUGCUUAAUAUUAUUUUUGCCUUGUUUAAUACUAUUUUAUCAAAUUCUCUUGAUGUCUUUUUAUUUGAUCCUAACACAUAGUAAUCAAUGAUUUCACGAAGUAAUUACCAUACUAUUUUUCGAUUCAUGUCACCUUGUUUGUUGCAAUUCCAUAGGUAAUCCGUAUUGAAGUAUUUUCAGCACAUUUUAGUAUGCAUUGCCAACAGAGGCACAGAGCUUUGGUCUUCACCAGACUCUGAGAGUAUAAAAUGAUGACUCUAGCUCCAAUAUUAAUUGAAUAAUGCCAGAGUACAAUUAGAGCCUAUCGGAACAAAUUAUGUAAGUACCACGGUUAAUGAGGUUUACAAUGUUCUCCAAGACAGCUCAUGUCUAAUUGCUGCUUAAUUUUCAUAUACUAUGAAAACUCUGUCUAGCUUUAGCAUUUCACUUAUCAUCCCGUGGUCUAUCAUAACUUCAUAUCAUAACUACUUCCAUUCCACUGACAAUCGCACACUUGCGUCGUGUGAACUGACCAUUUGCUCGUCAGAUAAUUAUUGUGAUAUCGAAUGCAAUAUCAUGUCCAGUAUUCGAGUGCACAAGUUUUUGGGACUGUUUUAAAAGAUGUCAAAUAUAAUGUUUUUUGCUUA